GAUGCUCCCAAGUCCCAAUCUUCUUCAUCCACUCCAUUUUCUUCAAACGUUGGAAAGGAAGGAAAAUAGGCGCAAUCAGUGAUGACGUCGCCGUCGGCAUUGUUUUCUCUCUCAUUCUCCUCCUCCCUCCUCCUUUCUCCUCUAUCUUCCUCUCAAGACAAGAAUAGUUCCUCCACAGUCAAACCCCCAAAUUCUAGGGUUAUUUUUCACUGUGCAUUUGCAUCGCCCACCACUUCUUCUUCUACGACUUCGGUGCCCAAGAGGAGGCACUGGAAGGAAGGAGAAUACCCAGGAGUUUCAGAAACUUCAAUUGGCGGAAGAUCGAAGAGAACCCCCAUAAAGAACAUCAAGAAGAAGUUGGACCGCAAGAACAACGGCCGGGCUUGGGCCAACACUGUCACUGAAGCCCUGUCGGACCGCAUUCAGAAAAAGCAAUGGCUUGAAGCCCUUGAGGUAUUUGAAAUGCUCAAGGAGCAGCCUUUUUAUCAACCAAAAGAAGGGACUUACAUGAAGCUCCUUGUUCUUCUUGGGAAGUCUGGCCAACCCCAACGUGCCCGUCUACUUUUUGACACAAUGAUUGAAGAAGGGUUAGAACCCACCUCAGAACUUUAUACGGCCUUGCUAGCUGCUUAUUGUCGUAGCAAUCUAAUUGAUGGAGCAUUCUCAAUUCUUGACCAUAUGAAGACCUUACCUCUCUGCCAGCCUGAUGUUUUUACAUACAGUAUCCUGAUCAAGGCUUGUGUUGAUGGUUCACUAUUUGAAUUGGUUGAGUCCCUAUAUGAGCAAAUGUCUGAACGAUCAAUAACCCCAAACACUGUCACCCAAAACAUAGUGUUAAACGGCUAUGGAAAGGCUGGAAAAUUUGACCAGAUGGAGAAUGUGCUCUUGAGAAUGCUUGAGAGCACCACAUGUAAGCCUGACGUAUGGACUAUGAACACUAUUCUUAGCUUGUUUGGUAACAAGGGUCAGAUUGAAAUGAUGGAGAGAUGGUAUGAGAAAUUCCGCAAUUUUGGAAUUGAGCCAGAAACACGCACUUUUAAUAUUCUGAUUGGUGCUUAUGGGAAGAAAAGGAUGUACGACAAGAUGUCAUCAGUAAUGGAGUACAUGCGUAAGCUUUCAUUUCCGUGGACAACCUCAACCUACAACAAUGUGAUUGAGGCAUUCUCGGAUGCAGGCGAUGCAAAGCAUAUGGAGUACACAUUUGACCAGAUGCGUGCUGAGGGUAUGAAGGCAGACACCAAGACCUUAUGCUGCCUUAUUAAAGGAUAUGCUAAUGCAGGCCUUUUUCAUAAGGUGGUCAGUACAGUCCAGUUUGCUGGGAAGUUGGAGAUACCAGAGAACACCUCAUUUUAUAAUGCAGUUAUUUCUGCUUGUGCAAAGGCAGAGGAUUUGAUGGAGAUGGAGAGAGUUUUUAAGCGAAUGAAAGAUAAGCAAUGCCCACCAGAUUCCACAACUUACUCCAUAAUGGUGGAGGCAUAUAGAAAGGAAGGUAUGAAUGACAAGGUCUACGAUCUGGAGAAGGAGAAACAGAUGAUGGCUGCUAAUGGUCCUAAAAGUAAUGAGGAAAUAGAAAUGGAGGCUUUAGUUGAUAUCUAAUUGAGGGCUAAUGGUGUGACUGCUUUCUAUUAGUGUCCAAGUUUUGUAUAGGACUUAUGGCUAAACUGAUGUCCUGCAUGCCACAAUGGGCUUAUCAGUGUAGUUACUAAUUGAUCUGGUCACCGGGCUGUCACUUCCUGGGUUGGAUAACUGCAAUUACAGACGCUUCCGUGUAUUAUGUGAAGCAUUGAGGUUUCCUUUGAAUAAGCAAAUUGUCCAAGUGAACUAUUUCAGCGUCUUUCAUGUAUAUACAGUGUUCAUGUUUUGAUCAAGGUGAUGUUUGCCUUUCUCUGGACCUGUGGGUUUUUCUUUUUUUAGAAAGAGUCAUCUGUUCCCGUGAAAUACCAAUUGUACUGUUAUUGCUGUUUUUUACUUUACUAUGUUUGUUCAAAGAAGGAAUGCAUGACUUCGGAUUUUCAUGGUGUUCA